CGUUUAAGUAAACGUUAGAAUAUUUGGUUACGAAAUUAUUACAUCAGAGGCAUUAAAUUCAUAACGUAUAAGUCAAGUCCAUGUUUUUCUUGUAAAUUAGAAUUCAAAGUUGUUGUGGUUGCGUUUGAUGUAAAAUAAUACACUAGGGGCUCUAAUCGCAGCAUGUGGAACUCCGGCACAAGUGGGAAACGAGAAUUGUGGCCUUCACGGAGAUUCAGCGGUUUCAACAGUGACGGUUACCUAAAACGAAACUUCGAUGAGAUUGACUUAUCAGGACUAAACAACUUCGCGCGCAAGAGGAACUUCGACGAGAUCGAUCACACUUGGUUAUCGUUUCCUCAUGACAAGCGGUCUUACCAAGGAACCAACAUCAUGGACACAGCACUAUCGGGCCUCGAUAAGAAAAGAUACAAACCUGACUACCCCAUGGACGAGAUCGAUCUAUCAUCAUUUCCCAUUGGCUCUAAAAGAUCUCAACUUCUAUUUCCAGCUCACUAGUCCUACCCUAUUUCGAAAGAAGAAUACAUAUUUACAAUGGAAAUCGCCAAUACUCAAGACGUGAUAACACUAUUACCUCAAAUAUUACAAUGUUGUAUUACACAUUGAAUUUUGAAAUUAAUACUCAAAUUUUAAACGAAAAAUAUAAAAAACUUCUAAAAGGAUAUUCCUGUAUACAACCCAAAUCACGAUCAAAACUUUUAUAUAUUCUAAUGUGUUAGGGAACAAGUCAAAUUGUUUAUAUGUUAUUGUAAGUUUAUAUACAGUGUAUUUUUACAAAGGGUUUAUAGAAACUUACUCAAUACAAAAUAAUGUAAUUAAAAUAAAUAUUAUGUGAUGCGAGACGCUGCUAUUUUUAAAUUAUUUUGUGAUGUAAAAUAUAUUUAAUUGACAUGAAGAAUUAUCGUUUUAUUAUUAUUAAUUGAUUCGCCAUAAUUAAAGUUUAAUUUAAGUGUUAUCAAUAAAUCACAGCGAGACAUUGAGUUCAAAUGUUGUAUGACAUUUGUACAUUUUCUACUUGUAGUUAUGAUGUAGCAAGCUUCCAAUUUUAAUGCCUAUUUUUGAAGCCAUUUCAUAGUCAUGCAAAGUCAUAUUAAAGCAUAAAAGUAGUAGUAUCUAAUAUUUUUCUGUUAUCUCACUAAACAAAUUUUUUUUUUUUUACUCAGGCAACAUUCCAAUUGUAGUUAUGUGGGUGAGCACAGCGGAUAAGUGUUCAUAUACCUAUUCAUAAAAAAAAAGUGAUCAAUAUCAGUUAAAAUAUUACCUUCCUUAGAAAAUACUAAUUAUAGUCUCUGAAUAAUAAGUAAAACC